UCACAGAGUCAGUCAGGCUUUGGUAGUCGUGCAAAGAGGUUGUCCGUCUGGGAACUUGCGGGGAAGAUGUUGACCCCAUUCGCCAGACCCGUCGGAGAAAAGCUGAUUUAAUUUGCGGCGUCACUGAAAUCGUUCAUUACUUAUCGAAAGUGAAAGUGCUAUUGGCUCGCCUCCUGAUUUGUAUUUAUUAACUGUUAUUUAUCAUCGGCUCUUACACGAACAGUGGAUCUUAACUGAAGAAAAAGAUGCAUUUUAAAACGCCGGUAGCAAAAGCGACGUUGGUCACGUUGGCAACUUUGUUCCUCUUCUAUGGGACUUCAGAAGGAAACAUUGACGAAGUGGCGGAGGCCGGGGCAAGGGCUCUGCUGGAACGCUACCAGUCGGAAGCGGCUAAACUGUACAAUAAGGUCUCGCUCAUGUCCUGGGCCUACGUCACAAACAUCACAGAACACAACAAGGAAGCCAAGGCAGAGGCUUCGCUGGAGGCGUCCAAAUUCCAGGGCGAGAUGUAUGAACAGUCAAGUCGGUACAGGGCGAUCAGCGAUACCCUCUCCCCCGAAACACAGAGGAUGCUCAGGCUGGCGUUUCCGGCGAAACUGGAAGAAGAAGAUCAAAAGAACCUGACUCAACUGGGAUCCAUCAUGAGUGAGAUCUACUCUACGGGGACCGUCUGUCUUCACAACGACCAGGAGAGUGAGGAGUGUCUGAACCUGGAGCCUGAUCUGACGAAGCUGCUGGCGACGUCUAGAAACUAUACCCUGCUCGCUCAUAUUUGGGAGUCCUGGAGAACGAACGUCGCCAGGAAGAUCCGGCCCCACUACCUUCAAUACGUCGAGCUGAAGAACAAGGGCGCCCAGCUCAACGGUCGUAACGACUACGGAGAACAACUAAGAAUGAAGUACGAGACUGAAACUUUCGAGGACGACAUUCUGGAACUCUACAAGGAACUGGACCCUCUCUACCGCCUAGUGCACGCCUACGUCCGCAAGAAGCUGUACAAUUUGUACUGCAGUUCGGAAGCCGAUAUUUUGAACAACGGGUGCACGUCUGUCGGGAAGUGGAAAAUGGACCAGUACAGAAGAGCGGAUUUACCUAGAUACGGGACCAUAAGUAAGAGGGGACCCCUUCCGGGCUGCAUCCUUGGCGAUAUGUGGGGGAGAUUUUGGACAAACUUGUAUCCCGAGAUCGUCCCGUAUCCGGACCAGCCGGAUAUAGACGUGACCCAAGCCAUGAUUGACCAGAACUACAACGUCACACACAUGUUCAGAAUGGCGAAUGAAUUCUUUACCUCGAUGGGCAUGAAGCCAGUGGUCGACAGUUUCUGGUCCAAAUCCAUGCUCGAGAGGCCUGAAGGACGUCAAGUAGAAUGUCACGCGACCGCCUGGGAUUUCUAUGACGGUCUAGAUUUCAGGAUUCGAAUGUGCUCCACAGUAAACUUCGAGGACUUCGAGACCAUCCACCACGAACUUGGUCACAUUCAGUACUUCAUGCAGUAUGCACAUUUGCCUCUUAUCUACAGAGAUGGUGCUAAUGAUGGCUUCCAUGAAGCCGUUGGUGAAUUGAUGGCAAUGUCAAUGUCUACGCCUACCCAUCUGGCUGAAAUAGGCCUACUGAAAGAGUCUCCUAACAGCACGGAAACCGACAUCAAUUUCCUACUGCGAACAGCUCUCAAAACAAUCACAACUCUUCCCUUUCACUUGGUGAAUGACCUCUGGCGUUGGCGAGCUUUCAGGGGAGAUUACAAGGACGGAACGUGGAAUAAACAUUACUGGGAUCUCAAAGAGGAGUAUCUGGGGGUCAUUGCUCCCGUACCGAGAACAAAAGAUGAUCUGGAUGCACCUUCCAUAUUUCAUAUAGUGAACGAUUACGACAUGAUCAGAUACUUUACCAGGACGGUAUUGCUAUUCCAAUUCUACGAGAAGCUUUGCGAAGUUGCAGGACACCGAGGUCCUCUCCACAAGUGUGACUUCUAUGGGUCCAAAGAAGCUGGAGAGAUUUUAUCGAAAAUGCUGUCCCUCGGAGCUUCCAAGCCCUGGUGGGAGGUCUUGGAAGUCAUGACGGGAGAAAAGCGCAUGAGCGCCCGAGCGCUGCUGGAUUACUUCAAGCCCCUGGAGGAGUGGCUGAAGGAGGACAACAGAAAAAGCGGCGACGGCAUUGGGUGGGGUGAUUCAUGGAGAUCUUUAGACGAUAUCAGCGCAGCUUCUUCAACCGACUCGUCUGUCCUCAAUUUGUGUGUGGCUAUCACGUUAUUCUACUCCCUGUCUCUACUUCACUGACACCAAGAAUAGUUCAACAUCCUCAUCAUACUCUUAAAUUUUUCUUUGAAACAAAAAUUCAAUAGUUUUCAUGACAACGUACGUCGAAUUUUUAUCAGGUGUUGAUAUAAAUAAAACAAGCGCCAUCUACAUGGAAACCGAAUGGUGAUUAAGAUACAUAAAACGCUGGCGUAACACGUUCGAGUCUCCGCCCAUUCAAGAAACUUAUUCGGUAAUAAUCACCUCGGCCCUCAACAAUAAACUGUGUAUCUCAUUUCUUACCAUAUUCCAUUUCUUUGCUCUAAGCGUGUGUUCGUGCUGGCCAAAAACGGGCAUUUAUUUUUCUUUGGUAUCAUAAGACUAUUUCACAAGGAAAAAAAAAUGGGGGGGGGGAAACUAUCGGCAAAAGCUUUGAUAUAAGAAA